AUGUCAGCCCCCUCCGCCACGCCGCAGUUCUGGACGACGCCGAUCCGCUACAUGCGGUAUUCGGCGCACACGUCGCCAGCAAUCUUCUUCAGCAUUGCGAUCGGGCUCGCAUGUCCGCUCAUUCUCCUUGCCGUGCCGAUCCGCCACCGCUUGGGCUUUAACGAGGCUCCGCAUUUGCCGAAAUCUUGGCCUAUUCCCAACAGGAAGAGGGAGGCCGUGCCGGCGGAGUUCGAUGAUCCUCAGUAA